AUGGCUUCAUAUUUGUCCAUAAUAUUCCUUAUUUUAUCCUUUGCCUUUCUUCUAAUCCAUGCUGCAGAACAGCAAGUAACAUUGGAAAAUUCUGCGGAUGGUGCGGUAAACGUUGCGGAUCCUCCACAGAACAAUGUACAAGUAGAAGGAAUUGUGCAAACGCCCGAGGCAGGAGGAGAAGUGCCAUUGCCAGGUAAAAAGACGAGGGAGGAAAACAAACAUAACAUGUCCGCUGCAGUACCAACAGCACCUCCUUCCGCAGCACCCCAACAGCCACAAGUGCCUCAACCACAAGUGCCGCCACAACAGGAAAAAGUAAAGGAGGAAGUAAAGGAGAAAGUAAAGGAGGAAGUAAAGGAGAAAGUAAAGGAGGAAGUAAAAGAGGAGGUAAAAGAGGAUGUAAAAGAGGAAGUGAAAGAACCAGGAAAAAAAGAAACUGCAAUGCCUUCAUUGCAAAAGGAAGCCAAUACAGUGCAACACUGUGGCGCCACUAACCCUAAUUGGAAAGAUCGUAUCUUGAAAAAGUAUCAAUCAAAGCUCCCAUGUGGUUGCACCGUGGGCGAACUUUCAAAGGAUUACACGAACAAGGAGAUAUCAAACCUGCGACAAAACAUUUCUGGUCAGGUUAGUAAAAAAGAUGCAUUUCUUACAUUUUUUUACCAUGUGAUCUAUUUUGAGAGGAAGUACUAUGACAUGAUGGACUAUCUGGAGAAGUGGUUUUACAACCUAGCGGAAACCAAUAAUUUGCCUGAUGAGUACAAGUUAAAGUUGUGGGAAGAAUGCAAAAGGGAGCUUCUGUGUGACUUGCAGUGCAACGAAGAUAAAUGUGAAAAUUCCUUGAGCACCUUGGUUGAUGAAAGCGGAGAAAAUAAUGUGAGCGCCAAAUCAGUUAGAAAUCUAAUAACUAGUUCUAAGGAAACAGUACGAGAAAGUGGUAUGGGCAAGAUGGGCAAGUGGAUGAAUAUUUUCACCGAGAGAGUCAAGAGAUACUAA